AUGAAUAGUGACCCGGUGCUGAUCGAAGCACGGGUUAAUAGAGGUAUUCAGGUGCGCGCCCUUGUUGAUACCGGAUGUGACUGCUACGCCAUAAUCGACGAAGCUGCAGUUAAGAGACUGCGGAUUCCAUUUAUCGACAGGAAUCCAAGGCGGUUAGGUGGGUUUUCCGAGGCGACUAAAGACGUGAUGUCGCCAGGGAUUGUAGUCUUUAUGAUGGAGACUGGAGGAUACGACGAACGCAUCUUUGCUUAUGUCGUUCCGCGGUUAGGCCAAGAUGUGUUCCUGGGCCGGCCGUGGAUGAAGAAGAACAAGGUGGUAUACGACGCGGCUGAACAGCGAGUCUACCACGGGGUUGCCGGCAUUACCAUACGGCUCUUAGGACAGGAAGAGCCCGAAGGGGUAAAGGCGAUCCGAGCCGCCCGUGUUGUGCCGGCGGCUGUGUUUGCGGCAGAGUGCCGCCGAGGGAGGAAGCGCCGAGGGCACGGCGCGGCCGCCAGAGACCCAAUCAACUAA